GACGUGAAAGAAUCUUUACCUUGACGCCGUAAUCAACGCGACCGUCGGUAGCGCUGCUGGCCGGCCCGGGUGGUGCCGCUCGCCCGUCGUCCGGCGCGGAGGGUCGCCGUCGACGUGCGGCGCCGCGUCCGACGCGCCGCGGCCGCUUUCGCGGUUUCCGCCAGCGGUGCGCACGCGCCGCUUUUGACCGCGCUUCGGAAGCGCGCCGCCUUUCGCACCCCUAGACCCGCGCGGCGUUCGGAGCCAUGAAUCUCGGCGACCUCUGGGGCUGGGAGAAGCGGAAGCUGGGCUGCCGCAUCCGCGCGGAGACCCAGAACCCGGCGCUCGACGAGAUCCGGGAGCGGCUGAGCAAAAUGUCGGGCGUCGACGUGCCGGAGCUCGACGGGCCGUCGAAGGCGCAGCGGCGGCCCCAGACCACGGGGGCGGGCAAGGCGCUGCGCACGGGCCGCGUGCGCGACGAGCUGUCGCGGCCGACGACGGCGGCGCUCGGCGACGGCGCCGCGGGCGGGCUGACCGCGAGCUCGACGGCGGCGUUGGUCGCGUACCAGCGCGACGCGCUGCCCAAGGAGAUCUCCAAGACGCGGAAGAACAUCAACAAGAAGUUCUUCCAGAUCCCCCGGAGCCCCCCGGCCAAAAUCAUGCUCGACCUCCAGAAGGACCGGCUCCGGCUGCCGCCGCCGACGGCGGGCGGCGACACGCCGCCGCGCGAGCCCGAGGGCGAGGCGCCGCCCGUCGCCGUCGGCGCCAUGCGGCCCAAGACGACGGGCGGCGCGGGCGGCCGGAGCGGGACGAACCGGCGGGGCCUGCCGGACAAGGCGCGGUCCGCGUCGCCCGAGUCGCCGGAGAAGGGCGAGAAGGUCGAGGGCGACGCGCGCGUCGUCGACAAGGACCACGUCUUCCCGCCCUACCACGGCGACCUCUUCAUGACGCGGGGCGUCUACAUGGGCGGCAUCAUCUACCAGUCGCGGCUCCAGGACCACGCGGAGGGCGGCCGGCGGCGCAAGGGCCCGGGCGAGGCCGCGGAGCGCGACCGCGAGGAGGCCGCGAAGCUCCUCGCGGCGAAGCUCAAGGCCGAGGAGGAGGAGCGUUUGCGGCUGAGCGUCCCGGCGAAGCGCGACGACCCCAAGGCCCACGAGGCGAAGCUCCACUGCGCGAACUCGCUCGCGUCGUGGUCGACGCACGCGGAGAACGCCGCGCGCCUCGCGGAGGAGGGCGCCGUGUCCGCGGCGCUCGUGCUGUCCAAGGACGAGAACGCGGACGUGCGCCGCGCCUGCGCGACGGCCUUCAAGAACAUGAGCCAGCACGCGGAGCUCUGCGCGCAGCUCGUGAAGCACACGGCCGUGCCCGUGAUUUCCGAUUUGGGCGUCGCGGCCAAGGACAUCGCCGUGUCGCGGGACUGCGGGCUGGCCCUCGUCAAUCUCACGAUCAUGGACGGCAUCGAGGCGAAGCUCGUCGAGGACGGCGUCGUCAUCGCGCUCAUGUCGCUCAUGAACCAGCACGAGGAGCUCGCGGAGCUCUGCAGCCGGGGCCUCUUCAACCUCACCUGCGUGGACCAGCCCUACAUGUACAUGGAGCGCGUCAUCAAGGCCUUUGUGACCCUCGCGUCGUCGACGAUGGCCGCGGUGAAGCACGUCUGCGCGGCCGCGCUCUGCAACCUGAGCGACAUCAAGGCCGUGCGGAGCCGCAUCGUCGAGGAGGGCGUCGUCCAGGUCGUCGGGUUGCUCGCGCGGGGCGCCGAGGCGCGCACGCGGCGCGUCUGCGCCAUCGUGCUCCACUCGCUCGCGUCGACGCGGACGUGCCGCGCGGACAUGGUGUCCAAGGGCGCCGUGCAGGUGCUCUACGCCCUGUCGAGCGACGUCGACACGAUCACGCUCCACUACAUCGCGUCGGCGAUCAUCCGCCUCGCCAUGGAGGACCAGAACCUGCCGCGGCUCGUCCACGAGGGCGGCGUGACGGCGCUGUGCAACAUCUGCCUCCGGUGCCCGCGCGACGUGUCGACGACGCAGCUCUGCGCGUCGGCGCUGAGUUUAUUAAGCCAGCAGGCCAUCGGGCGCCAGGCCAUCGUCCAGGAGGGCUGCGUGCCCGCGCUCGUGACCUUACUCCACGAGGCGUCCGACGCGUCGACGCUCCGCCACGGCCUCUCCGCGCUGACGAAUCUGCUCGUCGACGAGGGCAACCACGAGCAGGUCCUGGGCCAGGGCGGCGUCGCGUCGGUCAUCGCGCUCUGCUCCCACGCGUCGUCGGAGAUCCGCGAGGCGUGCGCGCUCGCGCUCUUCAACUUCAGCCGGGGCGAGGCCGCGCGCGAGCGCGGCGUGUCCGCGUCGGCGAUCCCGGCCAUCAUCGCGUUGUCGCGGCUGCCGGAGCCGCGGACGCGCAUGCGCUGCGCGGCGACGCUCUGCAAGCUCGCGUCCGUCGAGGCGAACGUCGGGCUGAUGGUCGAGGAGGGCGUCGUGCCCGCGUUCAUCGACAUGCUCCAGACGCGGGACCAGGAGAUCGUGAAGCACUGCUGCGCGGCGCUCUGCCGCCUGGCCCACGAGGGGUCCUCGGCCGUGACCAUCGCGGAGGGCGCGGUGCCGCACGUCAUCGCCGGGUGCGGCGAGGGCAGCGACGCGGCGACGCGCCAGUCCUGCUGCGCCGUGCUCAGCGCCGUGUCGGCCCACGAGCCCUGCCGGCGGCCCCUGUGCGCCAUGGGCACGCUCGGGGCGCUCGUCGCGCUCGCGCGCGACCGCGCGGCGGACGACACGACGCGGCUCCGGUGCGCGGUCGCCUUCGCGAACCUGAGCCACGAGCCCACGGUCCAGGGCGAGAUGGUCGCCGCGGGCAUCGUGCCCGUCGUCGCCGAGCUGUCGAACUCGUACUGCGAGGAGAACCAGCUCUACUGCGCGCGCGCGCUCUGCAAUCUCGGGUGCCACGCGGGCUCCGAGGAGGCCAUCGUCAAGCAGGGCGGCGUCGCGGCGCUCAUGAUGAUCUGCAUGGUGCGCGCCGUGUCCCACCUCACGAAGCAGGUCUGCGCCAAGGCGCUGCUCAAUUUGUUGUGCACGCCCGCGGUCCGCGAGAAUUGGCUGCCCGCGCUCGCGAAGGAGGGGCUGGUGCAGGCCUGUUCCGUGCUGAGCCGCCUCAGCGAGGAGGAGACCAUGCGGGUCUGCGCGUCGAUCUUCUGCACGCUGAGCGCCCAGGGCCCCGCGGGCCGCGCGCUCCUCGUCGAGCGGCGGUCGACGCUGCUGGACGUCUUCGGCCUCAUGCGGUCGCGCGACCGCACGACGCAGGUCGUCUGCGGCAAGACGGCCUGCAACCUGCUGGGCCACGUCGACUCGCAGCAGCCCGCCGUGCGCGCGGGCGCCGUGUCCGUGCUGACGAGCCUGUGCACGCUGGGCGACCCGGAGGCCGAGGUCGCGGCGGCGGACGCGUACUUCCUGAUCGCGGGCGACGAGGCCUGCCGCCUGGAGAUGGUCGAGGCCAAGGUGCUGCCCGUGCUGAUCACGAACGCGCGGUCGCCCAACGGGCCGACGCGCCAGUCGUGCCUCCGCGUGCUCGCGCACCUCGCGUGGUGGAAGAACGUGUGGAAGAACGUGCGCGCGCCGCUGCUGACGGCGUCGAUCGUGCCCGUGCUCGUCGUGCUCGUGGAGCAGACCUGCGGCGCGGCGGCGGCCCUCGAGGCCGAGCCCGCCGGCGACGCGGACGCCGCGGCGCCCGCCGCGGCGCCGGCGGACGAGAAGCCGCGCGGCGACGACGUCGUCCAGGAUCUGACGCUCUACAUCUUCACGUACAUGACCUUCGCGUCCGAGGACCACCGGGUGGCCAUGGUGCGCGACGACGUCGUGCCGGCGCUGGAGCUCCUCUACCGGCGCCUGACGCUCGGCGGGCCGCCGGAGCGCGCGCGGCGCGUCCGCAUGUUCGUCGCGGCCGCGCUGCGGUCCCUGGCCGCGGCGACGGCCGCGCUCGACAAGCUCGUCGAGGACGGCGCCGUGCGCCUGCUCUGCGACAUGAUGUGCGCCGAGGACGACGCGUCGAACGCGGAGGUCUUCGAGCACUGCGCGCGCGCGCUCUACAGCGUCGCGCGCGAGCAGCGGUUCAACGGCGUGCUGUUGGACCAGGGCGCCCUCGAGGCCAUCCCGCGCCUCGGCGCGCUGCCGGAGUGCUACGCCCUCGCCGCGGCGACGCUGCACCUGUUGUCGCUGGAGCCGCCGCAUCGGGAGAUGAUCGUCGCGGACGUCGCCGCGCGGGAUUUGCUGCUGCGCCUCGCGGAGGCGCCCGAGGACCCGCACGCGGCGUCGACGGUCCAGUCCUGCGCCCAGACCUUCUUCUGGCUGAGCCGCUGCACGGCCCAGGCCCGCGAGGAGCUCGCGUCCGCGGGGCUCGUGCCGCUGCUCAUCCGCCUGAGCCGCCACGGCGACGACAAGGUCGCGUCGUCGUGCUCCGAGGCCCUCAAGAACCUGAGCAGCGGCGGGUCGGGGGGCAUCGAGGAGGGCACGGUGUCGACGCUCAUCGCCAUGACGCUCUCCGGCGGGCCGUCGACGAACGCCGCGGCGCUCGACGCGGACAGUCUCGCGGAGCUGCCCCAGAAGCCUUUAGACGAGCAGCUCUACAAGCCGUCGCCGGAGCUCGAGCCCCAGAGCCUUUUAGGCGCCUUCGAGCCCCACACCGUGUCCGUCAUGAAGAUGGUCGGCGGCAUCGCCGGCGCGGGGCCCCCGCCGCCCGAGCCGCCGGAGAUGGACGUCCAGGACACGCUCAACCUGAGCUUCCUCGACUCCGGCGACGCGCUCGAGGACGACGAGAACAUGGGCGCGUCGAUGAUGUUCGCCAAGAUCACCGCCGACGCGUCCUCCUCCGCCUAGGGGCGGAGACGCCACGAAAGCCCCCUCCCCCCCGUAAGAUCUCCGCCAGAGCGCC